AUGAAGCAUUCCGAUAAAGAUGCGCAUCAGAGCAGACCUUAUUACGAUGAUAGGGACUAUGACUCUGUAAGAAAAGAAUAUAGAUCGAGUUAUAAAAGAGUGUUAUGGCCACUAAACGUUGGAAUUCACGACAUUGAUGAUAAAAAUUUGAAAAGAGAGUUAUGCCUAAUUGUAACAAAUAUACCUGUUGAUUGGACAAAAUUUGAUAUAACUUGGUUUUUUAGAGAAUAUUUUUACAAACUAGCUAUUAACAAGAAUAUUCAGUUUCCUCUAAUUGAACAUGUGUAUUUAAUUAAAAACGAGCCAUCGGCUAUUUUGGCUUGUCAUGAUGGGGUAUCAAGGGAAAUAAUUCAGAAUUUAUCCAACUGUGUAUUAAGAAAUGUUAAGGAUAAAAAGAAAAUUAUUCUAACCAUACAACCUUACUACAAAAAGGAUGAAGCGAGAGAAAAGGAAAAAAGAAAAGAGAAAAGCAAAGAGAAAAACAAAGAGAAGAACAAAGAAGAGGAAAAUGAACUCGAGAAUGAAGAUAAAAAAGAAAAGCAAGAUCAGAAGGAACAGGGGAAAAAAAAUGCAGAUGAACAUAUACAGGAAAAGAAAGAAGGUAAUGAAAAAAGAAAACAUGAAGGUGAAAAUGGAAUAGAUGUUGAAAAGGAAAAGGAGUUUCUUAGCGAAGAUGAAGUUAAAGCGAUAAGUAGAUUGAGAAAACGCUCCCUAACCCCACCAAGAAAACACGGAAUGGAAUGGCCAAGCAAUCUAGAUCUAAGAAACUGCAGUGAUAUGGAAUUAAGAAGAAAACUUUGUGUUUUCGGGAGAUAUAAACCAUUGCAUUGGGGUGUAAAAGAACUUGCAGCAUUUUUGAAGCACUAUUUUGAUACGUUAAAAAAAGAUCACGCAAAUUUUGAAAUUCCAGAGAUAAGUGAUAUGUGGGCUGACAAGGGAACCCAUUUAGUGACAUUUGCAUGCAAAAAUGAGAAAUCGAGAUUCAAUAUGUUGUUAAUAAGAGCAUGCUACUUAAACGAUGAUGAUGCCAAGAAUAAUAUAAAAAACUCCUUAAGAGUAUGGUUACAAUUUGAAAAAUGGACACCAUAUAAGAGUUCAAUUAAUUUUAAAUAUAAAAAUUAUAUAAUGCCAAGAGGUGAUUUCAACAAAUAUUCUUAUAUCCAUGAACACACAAUAGAUAAAGGUAAUUAUAAAAGGACCUUUAGAAAACCACCAUAUGAUGAUUAUGCAAGAAACAGAACUAAUUCCUACAGAUCUAGUGUAAAUGUACAUAGCAAAAUGAACCCACCUGAAAAUUAUUACUAUCAUAACAAAGAUGAUAGAAGUCGAAGAAAUUAUGACAAUGUAAAAGAUUCACAUGCGUAUAGAUCCCCAUCUCCACACUACAGCAAAUAUAAAAAAAAAUAUUCUCGUUCUCCAACCCCAAAAAAUUAUCAUAAAAAAAAAUUUAGAAGAUCGAGAUCACAUGAUUCACGUAAGGAUGAAAUGAGCUCGCAUUGGCGUAAAAAUAAUAAAUCACACCAUUAG